AUGCUGCUGCUGAGAGUCGGAGGCGCAGACCGGAAGUCGUCAUCCUCCUGGUCUGAACCACUUCCUACUUCCGCAAACACCGCUCGUGUCGCUUCCCGUUGAUCGGAGAUCGAUGCGGCGGUUGACUCUGCGCUUCGUCUCCUGGCUCAGUUUAAUAUUCUUCACAGUUCCGACCUUUAUGAGUGAUUGAUCCGCAUCAUGACGGCCAACAGCCGCCGCUCCGCCGCGGAGCCUCCGGGCCUGGAGACCCAGCGGCGGGAGGUCGAGUCUCUGCUGCGGGAGUGUGAGCUCCGCGCCGGGGACAGCUGGUACGUGGUGGAGCGUCGCUGGUUUGAACAGUGGAAGGAGUUUGUGGAAACUGGAGACCAGAACUCUUCGUCCUUCCCCGGUCAGAUCGACAACAGCGAGCUGUUCGAGGAUCUGGACUCGUACCACCUGAAGGAGCGUCUGGUGGAGAACGAAGACUUCGUGUUGCUGCCGGCGGAGGCCUGGCACAAGCUGCUGGCCUGGUACGGCAUGGUGGACGGCCACCCGCCGCUGGAACGCAAGGUGGUGGACCUGCCCAGCACUCUGAAGGUGGAGGUUUACCCCGUUGAGAUCUUUCUCUGUCUCCAUAGCAACAUGGAGAACGUCACCACGGCGCAGUUCAGCCGCACCGACAGCAUACAGUCGAUCCAGAGGGCCAUGUGUCGAGCCUUCCAGGUGCCUCCGAACUCGGAGUGUCGUCUGUGGAUGAAGAGUUCGGACAGCAGCUGCGAGCGUCUGAGGAACGUCCACGUCAGCGUGCUGGACGCCUGUCUGAGCUCAGGGAUGACGGUGAUUAUGGAGACGAGGAAUGCUGACGGCACCUGGCCGAGCUCCAGACCUCAGAUCAUGAGGAACUCUGUGGAGGAUCAGGACUCGUACCGAGGCCAGCCGGGAGUCUGUGGUCUCACUAACCUGGGAAACACCUGCUUUAUGAACUCUGCUCUACAGUGUCUCAGUAACACUCCUCCGCUGACGGAGUACUUCCUGCUCAGCUCCUACCUGGAGGAGCUGAACUUCACCAACCCGCUGGGGAUGAAGGGCGAGAUCGCCGAGGCCUACGCUGACGUCAUCAAACAGAUGUGGUCGGGCAGACAUUACUCUGUGGUGCCGCGCGUCUUCAAGACGAAGGUGGGUCACUUUGCGUCUCAGUUUCUCGGUUACCAGCAGCACGACAGCCAGGAGCUGCUGUCCUUCCUGCUGGACGGGCUGCACGAGGACCUGAACCGAGUCAAAAACAAAGAGUACAUCGAACUGCGGGACGCCGAGGGACGACCCGACCAGGAAGUGGCCGAGGAGGCGUGGCGUAACCACCGCCGGCGGAACGACUCCGUGAUCGUCGACACGUUCCACGGCCUCUUCAAGUCCACGCUCGUCUGUCCCGAGUGCCGCAAGAUCUCAGUGACCUUUGACCCCUUCUGCUACCUGAGCGUCCCACUUCCUGUCAGCAAGGAGCGCGUCAUGGAGGUCUUCUUCGUCUCUCUGGACCCUUACGCCAAACCUGUGCAGCAUCGUGUUGUGGUUCCUAAAUCAGGAAAGGUGUCUGACCUCUGCUCGGCUCUGUCAGAGUUGACCAACAUACCUGCUGCACAGAUGGUGGUAGCGGAUGUGUUCAACCAUCGGUUUUAUAAGAUCUACCACGCUGACGAGUCUCUGAGCUGCAUCCUGGACCGAGACGACAUCUUUGUGUACGAGCUUAGCGUGCUGGAGGAGCAGCAGCAGGAGGAGCAGCAGCAGGAGGAGCAGCAGGAGGAGCAGGAGGAGCAGCAGCAGGAGGAGCAGCAGCAGGAGGAGCAGCAGGAGGAGCAGGUGCUGCUGGCGCUCUACCUGAGAGAACGCUCCCACUACAGAGACUACGGCUCCGGCAGCAGCUCGUACGGCACGUCGCUGUUCGGACACCCGCUGCUGCUCAACGUACCGCGCAGCAGCUGCAGCAGAGACGACCUGUACAACCUGUUCCUGCAGAGACUGGCGCGUUACGUGCGACCUCCUGACCCCUCUGAGGAGCUGGAAGAGGAAGAGGAGGAAGACGACGAUGAAGAGGAGCUGUACAAGACUCAGACUAAUGGCAUCAGUGAUGAUGAGGAGCAGGAGGAUGCAGAGAGAGCCGGUCCCUCCCAGACGGAGCCCUGCAGCGGUGACGGAUCAGCCAACAGCCAACCAGACGACACCGCUUCGACUGAGCCCCGCCCCGCCCCCAACCACACGCAGCCCUCACUGGACCAGGGCGACGCCGCCGCCGCCAAUAACGGCGCUCCCAACCAGACCGAGCUCCGCAGCGCCGAUGGCGACGGCGCUAAUUCAGCUGCCGACAGCGCUAACAGCGAUCACGUUCACCGCUGCGACGACGCCAACGCGACAGCCGACUCCGAACCCGCAGCAGAGCCGCCGCAGCAGCCCUGUGAGACCACAGAAGAAGAAAAGGAAGAAGACAAGCAGGAAGAGGCGUGUUCUCCCAGCCUGCCGGCCAAUGAGCAACCGGCUAAGAGGAGGGCGUGUCGCAAGAGGAAGAAAUGUCUGUUCACCAUCCAGGCGGUCAACUCCAACGGGACGACCGAGAGAGGAACGGGAGAGGGAGGGAGCGCCGUGUCCUUCAGCUCUCAGCCGUAUGUGGCCAUCGACUGGGACCCCGAGAUGAAAAAGAGAUUCUACAACGAGAACGAGGCUGAGAAAUAUGUGAAACACAGCAGCAUGGAGGUUCCUCAGCAGCAGACGACGGUUCAGCUGGCGGAGUGCAUCGAGCUGUUCACCACUGUGGAGACACUGGAGGAGGAGAACCCAUGGUACUGUCCUGUGUGUAAGAAGCACCAGCUGGCCACGAAGAAGCUGGACCUCUGGUCUCUGCCGGAGGUUCUGAUCAUCCAUCUCAAGAGGUUCUCCUACACCAAGUUCACCAGAGAGAAACUGGACAGCAUCGUGGAGUUCCCCCUCAGAGACCUGGACUUCUCCGGCUGCCUCCUGAGGAAAAGUCAGUCCAACGGGGAGCCUCCGAGCCGUUACGACCUCAUCGCCGUGUCCAAUCACUACGGAGGACUCAGAGACGGACAUUACACCAGCUACGCACGCAACAAAGAUAACAGUCAGUGGUAUUACUUUGAUGACAGCAAGGUGACCUACGCCAGAGAGGACCAGAUCGUGACCAACGCUGCGUACGUCUUGUUCUACCAUCGACAAGACAAGAUCAGAAAACCCACUCUGCCCGCGCCCAACACAAGCUCCGCCUCCUCCACGCAGCCCGCCAACGACAUCGCUUCCUGCAAAGACGACGACGCAGAGCUGGGCGCCACUUCCUACGUCACCAUGGAAACAGACUAAACGAACCCUCGAGGGUCUCGUUCGGUUCUUCUUUUACGGUAAAUUAGGUUUCCCUUCGUCAGAGCGGCGGGCCCUUCCCUCCUCUUUUACGUCUCGUUAAGUUUUAGAUUUUUUCUUAUUUUCCAGCGACACUUGAACGCCUCUGAACCAGAGCUUUAGAAACUCACCAGUUAAAACUAAAAGCACAUCUGCAGGACACACGUUGAACCUCCUCACAAGAGAACCGGGUCUGCUGGUCGGUUUAGGGAUGAAAACAGUUUGACGGAUUAACGAGGACGUUUGACUCUCAGGUAGUUUGACCUGCAGGAAGUUCAGCUUUAAACACAAAGAUCCAGUUUUGAACCGACGGCUGCAGGAGAACAGUCGUUAAUGUCGAUCCUCGUUAAUAAGUUCAUCUCUUAUCAACUGAUUAAACCUCAAUUUAAACGAUGGUUAAACGUUUUCCUAACGAUCAUUUUAAAUUUUCAGUGUUUUGAGUGACGUCAUAUGAAAGCCAGCAGGAGACAGAUGCAUUGUGGGAAAGAAAAAAAAUCUAAUUCUAAAAGUUCAAAAUAAGAGAAUUAAUUAAUUGAACAUUUGAAGACAGAAUAAACAAUUAUACUGGCAACACAUGCUGUUUAUUAAAGCUUUGUUUAAAUAUAAACAGGAUCUUUGAGUCUAAUUAUUAACUGACUGCUGAUUGGAUGGCAGUAAUUGGAUUAAUUAUAAACACCUGCAGCUGUUUAUGUUCAUCUGGAGAUUCUAACGUUUCAUAUUUAGAGUUUGUUCUGACGCCUAAUUUCACAAACAUAGUAAUUUAUUACGUUAACGUAUUAAAACGUUGGUUUGUUUUAUAGUUUACAGGUUAUAAUUUGACUCUGCAGACAAAACAAUUGAACUGAUUCAACAUUUUUUCAUGUUUUUUUUUUUAAAUAGAAGCAGAUUUUAUUCUGAAGGUUUUAUUGAACAACUAGAGUUCAGCAGAAAUCGGUGCAGGGGAUUGUGGGUAAUCAGAGGAGCAUGUUUAUAAACAGAGAAACAUGAUUUAAUAUUGAACAAAGCUGCCAGGGACGAUAAUUCAAUCUCUUUGUAUAUUUUGGUUUCUUUUCUUCUGGUAUUUAUUUUUUUAAAUGGAAUAAUUUCAGCUGUCGCACGACGACGACGUCACGUCUUGUUUUUUUUUUUCCUUGAAUGAUUUUGAUGAUCGAUGGUGCAGGACAUUGAGAUGCUUAUUUUUCAUAUUUAUAGAUAAAAUUUGUAUUCAGGCACAAAAUAGUUUGAAUGAGCGGCGAGCUGCAGAGACUCACUGAUUUUUAAACCGCUGUGUGUACAGUAUUUUUGUAUUGUAAGAAAUGUAUAAUUAUUAUUAUCACUGCUGGCCGAGCAGGAGGGAAGCUUGGGGUGAUUUCUUUCUUUGGUCUUCCUGUCAAAUAUCAGAUGAAAAUAUUUUAUUGUACUUUCAAUCUUUUGAUAUGAAUAAAAGGAUGAUUAUUAUCA